GUAUUACGCUAUCGUCAGCUGUGAUGUCACUGGAGCGACGGAAGUAGUUGCAUGAAUAACACAAAUCGGGCUGAUUCAUUGCAACCAGUCGGCACUAACUCUGCUGCUCCUGAAGAAAAACACAUUCUCUCGAACAACAGAUAGUUUUGAAAGCACAUCCUAUCAUGGAUCGGCUGCUUAGGCUUGGGGGUGGAAUGCCUGGACUUGGUCAGGGCCCCCCAACAGAUGCACCAGCUGUGGACACAGCAGAGCAGGUGUAUAUCUCCUCUUUGGCCCUGCUCAAGAUGUUGAAACAUGGACGUGCUGGUGUACCAAUGGAGGUCAUGGGACUGAUGCUGGGAGAGUUUGUUGACGAUUACACAGUGCGAGUGAUAGAUGUGUUUGCCAUGCCCCAGUCAGGAACAGGUGUUAGUGUUGAAGCAGUAGAUCCAGUGUUCCAGGCUAAGAUGCUGGACAUGCUGAAACAGACUGGCAGACCAGAGAUGGUGGUAGGGUGGUACCACAGUCACCCUGGUUUUGGCUGUUGGUUGUCAGGUGUUGACAUCAACACACAGCAGAGCUUUGAAGCCUUGUCUGAGCGAGCUGUUGCAGUGGUGGUGGAUCCCAUCCAGAGUGUCAAAGGAAAGGUCGUCAUUGAUGCCUUUAGAUUAAUCAAUGCCAACAUGAUGGUUUUGGGUCAUGAACCAAGGCAAACGACAUCAAACUUGGGCCAUCUCAAUAAACCAUCAAUCCAGGCGCUGAUUCAUGGACUAAACAGACAUUACUACUCCAUCACCAUCAACUACAGGAAAAAUGAGCUGGAGCAAAAGAUGCUUUUAAACCUGCAUAAGAAGAGUUGGAUGGAGGGUCUGACCCUUCAGGACUACAGUGACCACUGCAAACUCAAUGAGACUAUUGUCAAGGAAAUGCUGGAGCUUGCCAAGAACUACAAUAAGGCUGUUGAAGAAGAGGAUAAAAUGACCCCAGAGCAACUGGCAAUUAAGAACGUUGGAAAACAGGAUCCCAAGAGACACUUGGAAGAACACGUAGAUGUUUUAAUGACAUCCAACAUUGUUCAGUGCCUGGCAGCCAUGUUGGAUACAGUAGUUUUCCAGUGAUGGCUCUGUGUGUGAAUACAUGUUAAUAUUGCAACCAUUGUCUUCUUUUAUAUAAAAUAAAAUGUAAUGUAUCAAGACA